CGCGCGUUAACAUAACCUACAAUUUUAAUGUUUUUUUGCACCGGUUAUUUUGUCUUAUUUAAACCUUAAAUAAAAGCCCCUGCUUUAUAUUCUACAAGUGUUCUAUUUUUAUAUUAAAAUGCUGUUUAUUGUUUUACAAAUAAGUGUGUAGUGCUUGUUUCAGACGUACUUAAAAUUAACCUGUUGUUUUUGUUAUUAUGGAAACUUUACCAGUAUGGAAAAAAAUAUACCAAGUGGUAUCAGGCUUCAAUGCCAAUAUUACGAAGGAUAUCAUCGAAGACAUUUUAAAAAUGUGCAAGGACAAACUUGUGUUGGGAUUACUUGAGUACAAGCCAUACACGAAAAAGGCUUACGAUGAGUGGAAGAAAGGCAACAAGCCCCACUUUGAUGAUGAGGAAAUGAACAAAUUCAUACACCAGCUAAGUAUGGAAUUGGACUUGGAAAGUGAUGCUGCAUGGGAAAUAAUUUGUAACUUUCUUAUGUUUGAAUAUUAUGGGAAAAUCGACGAGUUAAAAUCCAUUAUUAUGUUUGAAACUGAUUCUCGCCUACUUAUAGAGAAUAUCUGGCACUUUUACAGCUCUGAAAGGAUGUUUUUAUUAAAAAUUCUUAGAUUAGUUCUUGAACAUAGCAUGAACACAAAACAUAAAUUUUACAUACAAUUUAAUACAUUCAUCAAAACCAUCGACAUGCCUGCAUUGUGGAAAAAUUUGGUCAAAAUGUUUAACGAUUCCAUAUGCUGCUUGGAGAAAGAAAAACUAAGCAAAAAUUCAUUCGCCGAAAAAUGGCUGCAUAGAAACGAUCAGGAACAAAUAGAGCUGCUUUUAAUUCUCACAAAUAUAUUGAGUUAUAUUAAAGUUACUGGAAAUGAAUUUUCAGAGUUACUAAAAAUAUUUUUGAGUCAUAGUUUUGCACGACAUCCCAUUUUUAUUGAAUCUCUAUCGAUUUCUAAACCUGACAGUGUUUUGAAGAUCAAAUAUUCAGAAAUUGGGUUAUUGCUUUCAGUAGCAAAUGAAUACUGGAAAAAUCCCAGUGUUUUUAAGUUAAUUUCGCCUGAAUUGGAAAAAGAUAUUCAGAUAUUAGAUAUGCAAGAUGAGAAUGCUAUUGUAUUAUUUCUUUGGGCUGUAUUGAAAGCUUCUCUAAGUGGCACAACUCAAGAUGUAGAUUCUUGUAAUAAUGUUGUUUGUAAACUUAUUACCAGGAACAUAUUUAAAUCCCUAUAUACAUUGGCUUCUGCCUCAAUAUUUAAGGACAGCAAACCAGGAUAUUUUGUGCUUGUGUCAGUAAACAAACUGAUAUUGGAGUUCUGUAAAAUGUGUGCUGAUCAAAAAUUUUUCUACGAACAACCAGGGGUGGUACCUUUAGUUUCUCUAUUAUUAAAAAACGAGGAUUUGGAUACCACGCAGUUAUUUUCUUCCACAAUCAAAUUAGCUAUUGAAACAUUCCCCUGCGAUUAUUAUUCCCUAAUAACAAUAUGCAAGAGUUUAAUAACAACGGAAAAGUAUUAUAACGAUGUUGUUAAUUUGUUGAGUAAUCUGCCGACUUAUUUAUCGGAUUUUGAUUGGUGUCAAAGGGUCGACUCUGUUUUGAGCGAUAGAGAACAAAUUUUUGAGGGAAAUAAUUCGUUUAUUAUGCCUAGAGGUACAAGUGUUGAGAAAUAUGAAUUUAAGGGUAGAAAUUUUGUGCAGUAUAAAAAUCAGUUCAGCUUUUUCACAUUGUUGGAGCAGUACAUGAAUAUUUUGGUGUCCUCGAAAAUAUUAUACGAGGAGUUGAUAAAAAGAUUAUGUUUUGGAUACAAUAUGGUAGUUGAAAUAAUAAAAAUUUAUAAAGGGGAUUUCAGAAACGAUCAUACCUUGAAAAAUUGUAUUCAACAGCUUGAUUCGAUUCCGGUGUAUUUUUUUGAUGGUUACCAUAGAAGUUUUGAGCUUAUUAAAAUGUACUUUUCCGCCUAUUUUACAUUGAUAAACGAAGGAAAAAUCAAUUAUUCCGAUGCUUUUAACAGGAGUAUUAAAAAAACCAUAUUCAGCAAUCCAAAUAUAGAGAUUUUGAGCGCCAAGGAGUUUUACAGAGUUAAAAUACCUGCUUUAAACGCCUUGCAAGCCUGUUUAAAGGAAGAGGAGAGCAGCAAUAAUCAUACAUUUUUGCUGAGCUAUGUUAACUUUAUUUUAACUAUGGUCAAAAAGUGCGAGGAUGAGCCAAUGACAACAGGGCUGUACUAUUUGCUCAAUUCCGGGUUCCCACAUUACAUGAAGUACGCUUACGACGAUUCAACGCAAAUGUACGAGAUCGGGAAAAAAUGUAUUACCAUUUUCGUGGAAAUUCUUAGUGGAAACCCUGAUGUAAUGCCUGAAACAACACAAAAAAUGUUCGAGCGAAUUGUAUAUGGUUUUCUUUGUGAAGAGUGGAUUCUAAAGAGCUUUUUGGCCACUUUAAUGAAGGACAAAUUCUACUUGCAAAAUCUCAUGGAGCAAGAGACGGAUUGGAUUAAUGGCGAAGCCGUUCUGAAGCUGGACACUUUAAGGAACCAGUUAACAUUUAUUUUGCUCUUGCUGAAGCAGAAAAACGUCGUUAGUUUGCCAACUAAUAAACAACUUAUUGGGGAGUACAUGGGAAUUCUGGCCAGAUCAUUAUCAGGAUAUAUUGUCAAUCCAUACUGCAGUAACCUGACCAAGUUGUGUUGCAAAUUUUUGGAAAUAAUUGCCAGGGAUGACGACUGUCCCUUGCUAGCUCUGCUAGGUUUGGAUUACGAACAAGUCCAAAGAUUAUUCCUGGAUAGGCUUAGGGACCCAUUGGAAGAUGAGGAUGUUAAAUUUGAUAUCAUAGAUCUUAUUAACACGUGCAUUUCGCAUCAGAACGGUAUGACAGCUGCGUUUUUUAACGUACAAUGUUCAAAAAAAUGGUAUUUACUGGACAGUAACAAAGAAAAAGUUGUUGAUUCGGCUGGCGAUGAUACUGUUACUGAUUUUAUGAUUGAUUACUUGCAAAAUAUAAGAAAGACAUCAGAAUUCUUGAAGAACCCUCUACAACUGGGGAUUUUAAAAGUUAUGUGUACUUUGUGGGUGAAUAGGAAGCAUCAUUUAAUUAAAGAUGUGACCGAGUUGGAGCAAUUUUGGUGGCUUCUAGCGGACCCUUUGUAUAAAAAAUUCGAUAAUACUCCUUCUGUGUAUACAUGCAUUUUCAAUAUACUCAACAUCGAACUUUGUAACAGAAACUUUACUCACGCAGGUAAAAAACGUAUUAGCGGCGAAGGCGAUGGCGAAUCCACAAAUAAUUUUGAAAAAGUCGUGGUUAAAUUUUUAACCAAACCUGAGAACUUGCAAAAUUGGGUAAACUAUAUUGUAAGAGAAUUAAGCAAUCUAAAGAAUAGCAAAAUAGACGACAUAAUGGAUUUAUUAAAAUCGUGGACUGAAUUCCUGAUUCUUGUCGACCAAAAAGUUAAAUUCAUAUUCGAGGAUAAAUCACUGAAAAAAAUCGUGAUUAACUUUGCCUUAGAUUCAUUCGCAAUUGAUUUUACCAGCACCAAAAUAAUAUCUUGCCUAUUGGACAUAUUCCUGUUGUUCAUAUCCAAAUGGUCAGAGGAAUUUUAUGGGCAAGAAGAUAAAUUGGUCGAUAAAUUUUUGUUCACCACAAAAAAAUUGAAUAUUUGCUACAACAGUUUACCGAACAAAAGCAGGGAAGCGUUGUUGUGCACAGUGAACAGCGUGAUUUCAUAUAACAAGGAAUAUUUCGAAAACAAUGUGGAUAUUUUGUUGGAGUUGCUAGAGUCUCUUAGUACAUGUGUUGAGUAUGAAUUCUAUGUUUUGUGUACGGAGUAUUUGGCUAAGUUAACCGAAAAUGAAGCCUUACUCAGACAGCAGUCAAACGGUUGGCAUUUGAUUAUAACUUUAGUCAAUACUUUGCUUUCGUUAAAGUGCGCAAAAAAAUGUUCUUUAUGGUUGAAUUAUAAGGAUUAUUUUACCAAGUUGCUUACGAGUCUACCAGAUUUAUUAAAGCAUAAACAUACCUUACCCUUAGCCAGAUUUUCGCUAUAUAGUUUGCUUUUGUAUGUGGAAUCACCUUUAGGUUUUGAUAAGGUCAACUAUAGCUUGCUGCAUUUUUAUGACGCUAUUGAAACACCAUUGAAGAACUUGAUACUUUUUGAGGGCAAUAAUAAGGUAAAUUUUGUACAAAUGCAAGAUAACUGGCUAACAUACACUCUAGUGCUAAAAUUCACACACGCCCUAGUCAAACAGUUUCAAUAUUUCGCCCUACCAAACGUAUACUUAUUUUUCUCUCUGAACGAGGCCCUAGUGCAGCACAUCUUCUCGCUUAUUGAAGUGACAGUAGACUUAAACGCUUUGGAUUUGGUCGCAGAAACAUUAUCUAUGGUUGAAACAAUUGUAACGUACUCAAAUCACGAAUGGUACUCUAGAUCGAACGAAACAUACUCCAAUGUUAUGAUGGGAAUUAAAAAAAUUAUUAACGCAUGCGUUUCGGUUAUAUUGCGUCCAAAAAAUAUCAGUUUUCAACCAAUGAACGACCCGGAAAAAAUACUAUCGCCCGAUAUGAUUGCUAAUAACCUCAUGGUUACUGUAAUGAAUAAAUUGAUAGCAAUCAUUGGGUUGGCCUUUAGUUGUCUGUACAAGUUAAAUCCCAGCUUAACGGAUUUGCUAAGUUCUUCAAAUUCGGAUAAUUUUUAUACGUUGAUCAUCAACGAUUUUAGCGUGCCAAAUUUCGACUCCGUAAUCACCUAUGAUUUAACGUACGGUAGAUUACUAUGCAUCGCACAUUUUCUAUGUAAAACUUUAAACCAGCUAGAGCAAAAACCGCAGAAAAUUCCCCUGGAAAAACCUGAACCUAUUGAUUUAAAUCUGCGCAAAAAUCAUAUGAAGUACAUUGGAUUAGUGGAAUAUCCUAACAAAAUAGACGAUUUUCCGACCCAAAAGUUGUCUUCGUUCCUAAGAUUUGGAAUGUAUGAAUAUUCAGGACUGUCAGACCCCUGGAUUUGCGACCUAAGCGUUUCCGGUGUAAAGCAAACUCUGGAAAUGCUGAUGGCGUUUUUGGCCGCUCAAGUCACGGUAACAAUACAAACUAUCGAUCCUUUGGAACUUCAAUUCUACCAACGGAACUUACACUCGGAACUUCAGUUCUUUAACGAUUACCUGAAAAGAAGAUGUGCCGAACUUAUCAAGACUGAAACUCCUACCAGAUCCGAUCAGUUUAAGUCUGAAAAAGAUGUCACCAAAAGAUACUUACUGAUGAGAUGGAAGAGCGAUAAUUUUAAUAAAAUAGUGGAUGAGAAUUUUUUACUGAUUCUAUCCGCAUGGUUUUCUAAUAUUUGUUUAUUAAAAUAGUCUUUUUAUUAAUACAAUGUUUGAUUAAAGUUUCGUAUUAUUUCCAUAUAAUAUCCUCAAUCCAGUCCAAAUAUUCCGACACUCUUGUAUAGAUGGCGGGUUUGUUGAAUCCGCAGUAUUUUCCGAAAGAAGUGAGUCCUAUUAUGUAAAAUUUACAAUGAUUGUGUUGGUCUGUUAUAAAUAGAGGACCGCCUGAAU